AUGUCGACUGUUAGAUUUAAGUUUCUAUUAAAGAACCUUAAUGUAAGAAUAUUCAGUGCUUGGACGAGAAGAUUCCUAGUUAAUGAUGUUGUGAAACGUUGCAUACGUGAUUGGGGUGCUAAGGAAGUGAUACAGUGUUUCAAACAGACAAUACUCCGACCCAGACGGACACUAUUAAUAUCGGCGACAGCGGCUUACAAAAGUCGUGAUGAUUCCCACAGCUGUGAAAAGGGAAUAUCUGACGAUGAAAUGCAGGCACUGUUGUCGGAGCUCAAUAAUGCUGAGACCCUCACGAAGCUGACGAUGUACUGCACCAGCUGCGGCAAGAGGCUGAUGCUGGACAGAAAACAGAACGGGGUUAGUUAUUGUGGUUGCAAGGAGCCCCAAACGAAUAGUGACCCUGACGGCUGGGUUCCGUACAUGGAGGCCGAGGAUGUGAUUAUAUGGAGGAAGGAGUAUAAACCCGGACAGGCUCUGUAUGCGUAUAAAGUAUACGGCCGGUAUCCUGAAGUGUUAGCCAGUGAUUUCGCUGCUGUGCAGGUAGAUGGCGCCUACCGUCGCUCGUGGGAUUCAGCGGUCGCGUCUCUGUCUGUAGUUCAAAGGGAUGUUGAUAAUGUUGCCGGACAGGCUGUGCUUCAUUGGGAGGUUCUGUGGCCGAGAUUAUUCGCGAACCGCGACUACGUUUACAUAAGGAGGCAUAAGGAGUUCGAAAUUGCCAGCGAUAAACCAAAAACUGAGAAGAAAUCUAGCUUCGAGCACAGUGUUCACGCGAGAGCGAAACAGAGGGCCAUGGAAGAGAAUGCAAAUGAGGAGAACCGGGGGAAUAAGUUGUAUAUAAUAAUAUCAAAGUCCUGCGAACAUCCAGAGGUUCCAGAGACAAAGAACGCUAUCAGGGUGUCUGAGUAUUGGAGCCAUAUGGUGGUGAAGAGCAUCGAUGGCAGCGAUAAGCCUGGAAUGGAAUUCGUACUGACUUAUUACGACGAGCCCGGUGUAGGCGGUAUGCCGUGUGGUGUAGCCGCUUGGGCCAGCAGUAGGGCCGCGCCGAUAUACUUACAGACCAUGAGGCGAGCGGCCUCAGAAUAUAGGGCCUGGGCCGCACUUAGAGAUCCACAGGAUCUGCCAGAUUUCAUACCGUUUGGACCGGAAGUAGUUAAUCAAGAGGAAACUGAAAUGCUCGAAGAAGAUAUGGAGUCGUCAAAACGUGGCCCGGAGUUAAACGGACCGACCCAAGACAAAGAAUCGCAAACGGAUGAAUAUCUGUUACAGAGUAUAAGCAAUAAGACGGACAUACAACCCGACACACAGAACACGUACAGGAAAGACGAUGGAGAUGAAAAGAAAGAUGGCCAGGAUACUCAGGAAGAAGAAAUUCUACUUGAAGAAGAGACCAACGGCAGCUGGUGGCGCUACCUAUAUCCAUUCUAUUAUUUCGUUUGA